GGGUACGCCAUUGAUAUAUCCGGCAAGGCCACCCAGAUCAUUUGUCCCUUUUGCUCCUCCUUCUUCUCUUUUACGGGGGAAUUACCACUUGAUCACGCCAGAGACGGACCUAUACCGACGACUUGUCACCGUUGCGCCGAACCGCUUAACACCACUUACACCGAACAUCACGAUCCACCAACACCACACACCAAACAUAUACCACAACCACAACAAUGGCAACCAAAGUCAACCAGGAUCCCAAGAAGCGGACUUCCGCUGCCACCAACCUCAUCGCUGGUGGUGGUGCCGGUAUGAUGGAGGCUCUUGUCUGCCACCCUCUUGAUACCAUCAAGGUCCGCAUGCAGCUCUCCAAGCGCGGCCGCGUGCCCGGCCAAGCCAAGCGUGGCUUCAUCCGCACCGGUGUCGAGAUUGUCAAGAAGGAGACGGCGCUCGGUCUUUACAAGGGUCUCGGUGCCGUUCUGACGGGUAUCGUCCCCAAGAUGGCCAUCCGUUUCACCUCGUUCGAGUGGUACAAGCAGCUCCUGGCCGACAAGCAGACUGGUGUUGUCUCGGGUCAGGCCACCUUCUUCGCCGGCUUGGCUGCCGGUGUCACCGAGGCCGUUGCCGUUGUCACUCCCAUGGAGGUCAUCAAGAUUCGUCUGCAGGCGCAGCACCACUCCAUGGCUGAUCCUUUGGACGUUCCCAAGUACCGCAACGCCGCGCAUGCGCUCUACACUGUCGUGAAGGAGGAGGGUUUUGGUGCGCUUUACCGCGGUGUUUCCCUGACUGCGCUCCGCCAGGGUUCCAACCAGGCCGUCAACUUCACUGCCUACAGCUACUUCAAGAAGUGGCUCUAUGAUUACCAGCCCGAAUAUGUCGGCCAGAACCUGCCCUCUUACCAAACCACUCUUAUUGGUCUCGUUUCUGGUGCUAUGGGUCCUCUCUCGAACGCUCCUAUCGAUACCAUCAAGACCAGACUCCAGAAGAGCGUUGCUCAGCCCGGCGAGACGGCAUUCCAGAGAAUUACCAAGAUUUCUGCUGAGAUGUUCAAGCAAGAAGGGUUCCACGCCUUCUACAAGGGCAUCACCCCCCGCAUCAUGCGUGUCGCGCCCGGUCAGGCCGUCACAUUUACUGUCUACGAGUUCCUUAAGCAGAAGCUCGAGCGGAGCGGUCCUGCUGCUUUGACCGGUGGAAGGUAUGAGGAGUGAUUUUGUGCGAAUUGAAAACAAAGCGAUGAUUGUGAUGACUUUACGAAAGAAGAAGAUGAUGAUGGGUUGAGGCGAUUGGGAACAUUAGCCGAGGAUCCCUGUCGCGCGUUUGUUGUUGUCUUUGGUGCGCUGUCACAUGCGCGGAUUGGACACGUUCCCUUGUUUUCCCCCACACCACACCCACACCCCCAUCCCCUUGUUACGCUUUGCCCUUUUUGUCUUUUUUGCAUGUGGUUUUUCCUUGGACUGUUCGGUCAAAAGACGGUCAUGGUGUCGGUGAUGGCGGGGAAAAGUCUCUGGUCACGGCGAUUGAUUGUAUAUACCCUUGUGUUUUGCUGGGGGGGGGGGCGCGUACCACAAUGACGCAUUUCGGGUGGUAUCUAGUGGAUUCUACUUUGAUGUUUGGCUCUGUUGGCUUUUUGCAUUUUGCUUGCUACUUUGACGAACCGGCAUCGCGAAAACUUGACAUUUUUGCAACAUGAUGGAAGAGAAGAACAUGGGCUAAAACUGGAUGAUUUACACAGCACCGCUGAGGCUAAGCUCUAAGCUCUGAUACUUCACGACAUUGACGAGCCUUUUUUCCAACUUUUUUUUUCACGACACAUCAUUGCAUCAUUACAGCGGCGCAUGCACACAACAGAGUUCGAUCGUCAUCAUCAACCAACUUUGCAUAUACGCAUUCAAACGCACAUACAAUAGGGGUACAUAGCACACACAGCGCAAGGACGAGCAUAGCGAUCAGCAGAAUGCAACUCACCACGGGACCACCCCCAAGACACGAGACGACACUGCUCAGAUGAGCAAAAACGGCCGUGGUCUUGUCCCAUGCCAUCCCUAACAUCAGCAAGCACCCCCACCAUAUCAUCGACGUCGCGCAUUCCUCAUUAAUUCGUUAUUUAUUCGGAGUUUAUGCGGCGCGGCGAUAGGGCAAUAUGGGUAAGGCUUGCUUUUAUAUUCAUGUACAUACGAGGAUUCGGAUGACGAACGAGAGAGAUAUCGAGAACGCGCGAUACGAGCGGCGAAGAGGGGACUUUUUAGAAGAAGAAAAAGGCCUGGAUGAAUGGAUGGGAUUA